AUGUUGCACUCCACACUCCUUCUUUCAGUCCUCGCGAGCGCGUUGGCAGCGCAAGCCUCACCGCUGCUUGCAGAUUCAUUGCUUCCCAGUUUCGCACUUGUGACACCGGGUGCGACCAUCGAACCUCCUAGUUCGACUGCACCAAAGAUUACACCUACUUCGAGCCCGGUAGACAAUGACCAGCCGGAUCCAUACAACUCCUCCAUCCAGCUCCCGGCAACUCUAUCGUUCAAUCCCAGUCAAGCACCUGCUUUCACCGCGGAACCAGGCGAGCCCGACCCUUCCUCCAACGUAGCGUACCCGAGCACGCCAUGCUCUACUCUGGCCACUGUCACACCUGCCCCUAUCCCAAUCGAUGACGACCAGCCCGAUGCCUCCAACUCGUCCGUCCAACUCCCGGCAUCCGAAUCCUUCAACCCCAGCAACGCACCCGCAUUCACCGCAACCUCCGGCGGCGUUGAUCCCUCAUCCAACCCAGUAUACGCCAGCAGCACACCCUGCUCGUCCAAAGUAGCAUCCACUGCAGCUCCCAGCAUCGCCACACCAAUCGAAACAAUGACUACAAAGACUCCUUCAAACGGCAAAGCCACUCUCUCUUCAUCUUCAGCAGCUGCACCAACACCAGCACUCAAAGACGACAAAACACCCUCCGACGCCACAAAGCCUACGCCAUCCAAGCCCACACGCUCUCCCGUCCCAACUAGCAAUCGCCCAUCCUACCCGAUCGGCGGCUCAGGCCCCGCUGGCAUCGAUCAUCCUAACAAGCGUCCCGCGUUCGGUUGGGGUCGUCCGCGUCCCGCUGGUGCAUGGCCCGGUCGCGUUGCGGGAUGGCCAGUUCCCGACUCCUGUGAGGCCGGUUGCUGGGAAAGGAAAGGGAGAGGGAAAGCCGACGAGCACGCCGUGCAGUACGCUUCAGACGAGGGUUAG